AUGAGCACACAGCCAGCAUGCAUACAUAAAAGGCAGGGCCCUCUCCCCAUGAGCAGCAGCAGUUUCCUCUUCCAGCUGAAAAACCAGGCAGCUCAGCCCUCCAUCCUCCCUCUCCCCAUACCCCUCGCCAUGGCCUUCCCCGACCGUCCGCCCCCGCCCCAGUUCGCUACCAUCUCCCAAUCCGGCCCCUCCCUCAGCCCCAGACCCUCCCAGACGCGCCUCGACCGCUCCACACGGCCGAACCCACGGGUCUUCGGCCACAUCGUCGGCGCGCCCCCCGGCUCGGCGUGGGAGAAGAGGAUCGACGUCAGCCAGGCCGGCGUCCAUGCCCCUGUCCAGAGCGGCAUCUCCGGCACCGAAGACAGGGGCGGCGCCGAGAGCGUGGUCCUCAACGACGGCUACCACGACGGCGACUGCGGCGACAUCAUCUGGUACAUGGGAUCCGGCGGAUUCGUCCUCGAUGGCCACAAGAAAUCCAUCAUGCAGAAGGACCAAGACCCCGAGAGCAACACCAAUCGUGCCUUGCGGGCAUCGCUCGUCAACCGUCGUCCAGUCCGAGUCGUCCGGGGCUCCGAUGCCCAACAUUCUCCAUGGGCGCCCGAGAGUGGCUACCGUUACGAUGGUCUCUACCAAGUCACGCGUUUCGAUAUCGUCAGAGAUCCGUCAGGACUCACGGACUACAGAUGUCUGCUCUUCCGCAUGGAAAGGCUCGAGCGGGAUCGCUACGCCCUCCCCAUCAAAUGGGACAUGCACGGCCGAGCGCACACCAAAGCCAACGAAGGGCGAGACCGGCAACGCGCAGAAGAUGCCGGCCUAAAUACCCCCAACAACCUCCUCGAGCGGAGCAAAGUCCGCCGCCCCCGAGAGUCCACCGCCUCCCAGUCACGGCCCACGUCUGCCCCACACCCGCCGCCGCUACCUCCCCGUCAGUCCUUGCCGACUCCUUCCCACCAACGCCCGCCCCUUCAAGACUUGGCCAACCGCAACCGCCCGGCCAACCCGCCCCCCGCCGCUACAGCCGCCCAACUGGGAUUCCUACAAAGCUCCAUCACGAGAGAAGCUUUGGGGAAAAUCAAGUUUACUCGCAAGCCGGCUGCUCCGGCUGCCGGCUCCUCCGAAAGGCCUCCAUCCCCUCCUGCCAUCCAGACCCAACUCCCUGCCCCUGCCCGUCCCCCUUCUCCUCGAGUGCCCUCAGCUGCCAUCCCCACAACUCCUGCCUCGCUGAAAACAGGGCCAACGAGCGCCCCAGCUCGUGCGGCCUCUCCUCCAAAGUCUCGGCCAGCUGCCAGCCCCGCAGCUCGUCCGCUGGAGCGAACGGCACCCAUCAACCCCCCAGCUCGUGCUGCCUCUCCCCCGAGCUCCCACACAGCUGCCCACCCCCCAGCUCGGGCUGCUUCUCCUCCGAGGUCCCACAAAGCUGCCAACCCUCCGCCAGCCCGUCUCUCGGCCAAAUCGCCUCCACCACGGCUCCUGCAGAGAUCCCCUCCGCCGACGAGCCGAAGCAGCAACCAACCAGGCAGCCGAAGCUCACACCACGAGCACAGUCGCCCGCUAGCUUUGCCGCACAAGAGCUCCAUCAGGCCGAGGAGUCCUUCACCUCCUCCCAAUCGACGGACCUACCCAGCGUCGUCUGCAUACCCUUACCCGCGCCCUACUCGUCCUUCAUCUUCUUACCGCCCACCCCCUGGACCUUCCCCGCCACAAAGACCAGUCAAUCCUCGUUCGAGAUCUCGUUCGCCAGCUCAACGGCCGCCGGAACCCCAUUCUGCGCCACGAAGACCAGCCAACAUCCGUCCUGUUUCUCCUCCCCGGCCGUCCUCCCGACCCUCCCCACCACGAUCAGCCUAUACUCGUCCUCGCUCCCCAUCUCCCUGCAACUUGUCGCCUCGAGUUUCCCUCCCAUGUUCGCCCGCUCGUGCGUCGAGGUCACCACCAGUCAAGUCUGCCCCGCCCAGCAAGAACAGCUUUGGAGCAGGGCCUCGUAGUGGGGAGGUCAUUUCACCCUUGGACCAGUUCUUCCCCUCCCGCUGUCGAAUCCCAAGGAGCAACCCAUUAACCCAGGCUCACGCCCGAUCAGACUCCGACCACCCCAAGGGAAACGAGACCGCGCGCUCUUCGGGCAUGUCAUUCAACUUGUCCACCUCGUCAAGCCGGGAAGUGGUGCUCUCCCCUCUGCCCUGUGAUGAUUUCAUCACCCAACCAGACGACCACCAGUCCUCUCAACCUUGUCGGCCGGACCCAGCAGACACACCAGCACGGCUCAGCUCACCCAUGUCUCUCGACUCCGACCUCCCAGCUCCAGGCUCGGCCGGCUCACAACACAGCGCCGGUCCUACAGCCAUCCAUUCACCUGGCGCGGGGGCUAAGACUGUUUCUGAGCCCAAGGUCACUUCUGCUGCUCUCUUCAAGCCUGCGACCCCUGCAAGCCUUCUCUCAAAAUUCAAGGACCUUCCAAGCGAAGAAGACCAUGACGGGGUAAGCAUCGAGCCCGAUGUGGAUGAGCUGGAAGACGUCAAGCCGGAUCUCGUCGCCAUUCUGGAUCCUCAGCCGGCGUCUGCACCCGACAAAGAGAAGGAGAGUGCCCUGGAAGACCCCGACCUUGAUGGGAUCCACGUCGACAUCCUCGUCUUGUCCGGCGACGCUGUCAUGGUCGACUCGUUCCAAGAGUCUCAGGCGGAGGCCGGGCCCGAUGAGAGUGAGAGAGCGAGUGUCAAGUGCGAGAUUAUCGAGCAUGAGAUGGCCGAAGGGCCGGUCCAAACGGAUGGGCAAGAGGAGAGCCUGCGAUCGGCGAGCCCGCCGGCCUCGAGCGGGCCCGGCAGCCUUCUGGACGACCGUCUCUCGGACCCCGGCACGGCCGACACGACGCGUGCCGAUCUGGCGCCGGCCGACGGGGGCGAGGAGUUCGACGUGAUCCUGACCGACUACCGCGGCUGGCUCGGCGACGACUGGGCCGGCGAGGAGCGCUCCAAGGACCCCUUUCACAGCUUCCCCGUCUACCAUAACGCGCUCUCGCAGGCUUGCUCGCUGCAAAACUCCCUUGCUAUGAGCACCAUUCUCAUCGACUAG